AAAUUUCUCUGCCACAUGUGUAUGACCAGUUUAUUUGCAAAGGUCAGUCCUUGAGUUUGCAGCUAACACAUUUCAGCUGUUCCACACUCAUUCAUCAAGGUAGAAGUAAAUAAUAUUAAGCACUUCAGAUCAAGAUGACUUUAUUGCAUAUCCAUCUUUACUUCACUGGCCUGCUCCUGUGGAUUAUACAACUAUCUAAUGUAUUAGCCAAAGCUACUGAACUGCUACAUCCAUCCAAUACCACAGAAGCUGAUCUCGUUUUUGGCAUUGGAAUUCCAAGAAAUAGACGAAAACGUUAUAUUUCUCCACGAGACAUGAGUGCACUCCUGGAUUAUCAUAACCAGGUGCGGUCAAAAGUAUUUCCUCCAGCUGCUAACAUGGAAUACAUGGUAUGGGAUGAAAGAUUAGCAAAGUCUGCGGAAUCCUGGGCAAACCAGUGUAAAUGGGACCACGGACCAGCUCAGCUCAUGCGCUAUAUAGGUCAGAAUCUCUCCAUUCAUUCUGGAAGGUACCGCUCAGUUGUAGAGCUUGUUAAAGCUUGGUACGAUGAACGACAACAUUAUUCCUUCCCAUAUCCACGGGAGUGUAAUCCAAGUUGUCCAAGUAAAUGCAGUGGAUCUGUGUGCAGCCACUAUACACAGAUGGUGUGGGCAUCAUCAAACAGAAUGGGCUGUGCUAUUAAUACCUGUACAAAUAUCAAUGUUUGGGGAAGUACGUGGCGAAAAGCAGUGUAUCUGGUGUGCAAUUAUUCUAUAAAGGGUAACUGGAUAGGUGAAGCUCCUUACAAGCUGGGACGACCUUGCUCAGCUUGCCCUCCCAGUUAUGGAGGAGUCUGCAACAACAACAUGUGCUAUUCUGGAGUCAAAUCCAAUAAACUAACUUGGUUUUAGUAUAUUUAAUCUAGGGGCUGUUUUUUUAUAUAUCAAAAACAUAAAUCUGAAUGGCAUAUUUUGGAUGAAUGAUGGGUAUGUACGUAAAUGCUGUAAGGCAGAGGUGAAACGUUGUUUUCAUCCUAUUGUUAUAUACAUUCUUUCUUUAUAUCUUUUGUACCAACGCUAUCAUAAUAUCAGUUUUUUUAUGGAUAGAUUACCAGGAAUUGUACAGAUUAUCAGAAACAUGUUAAACUAUGUUAAACAUUUCCUUAGUACAUUGAACUAACAAUGUUAUCUUGCAGUACCACAUAUUCAUUGGAACACCAAACACAAGGCAUUGCUUUAAUUAAAUGCAGCACAUUGUUCUCCAUGGAGGUUCUAGGCUCUAAGCAUCCCCUUUUUUAUUUUACCACCUCCAGCCACAAAGAUGCCAACUAGCAUAUAUUAUUCAGAUUUUAUGCCCAGUGUACUACCCAGGACAAAGAGAUGGGCAAAGUAAUUUGAAGGGUUAAUUUUAAAAAGGUAGUUUAAGAUGAUGAGGUGCCGCCCACCAGUACAAAUCUCCACUUGUGACAUUUAGCAUUAUGGCCAACUUUGUUACAAUAUUUUUUGGCAAAACCACUCCUGACUCCUCUUAUACUUUAGAUACUUUAGAUUGUUGAGUUCAAAAAAGCAGACAAAACUUAAAGACAACCUUGUGAAAUGUAAAUAUGCAAAUAUAUUGCCUUUUUUUUAAAGCUAUAUGAAACAGUGCUCCCUUGUAUGUUAAAUCAAAGUAAACAUAAAAAGAAACAGAUAGUGUAAAACUAAUAGCAAACAACUUAUUUGUUUUCUUGCAAAAUUAGCACUUCUCAGUGUAGCCCCUGCGUAGAGCUAGAUAGGGGAGUAGACAUGCUGAGUACAUUCUGCCUCUUCUGAGCAUGGGACUUCCUGUCUCUCUAGCUUUCAAUGAUUAGUAAACCAGCUCAUUUUACUCUAGUAGAUGUAUGAUAUCAAGCUAGAUAAGCCUUUCUAUAGAGACCGUAGCCCCUUUAUAGGGCUGUGACAAGAGGUAAUGGUCACUGAACAAAUUAUUUUUUUUAUUACAACAAUAAAAACAGACUGUUUUAUAUCCCUGUAAGUCAUCAAAAAUAAUGAUAUAAUGUCCUAGAAGGGAUGCAUUUAUGUCAAUGCAACAUUUCAAGGUCUCUUUAAAGAGACAUAUCUAUUUUUUCUAUCAUGUGGAUGAAAAAAACAUGUUAACAUUUCAGGUGAAACUAACAGUAAGUUCAUGAUUGUUUAGAAAGGAGUCCUGUGUCUACUCCCACAGAACAAAAAUGGGUUUGUUCAUCACAUAAAUAUAAUUUUUUCAAAAAACAAAGCUCUGUAAUAUAUUUUUGAAACAGUUUUUUAAUAAAACAGAAAAAAAAUUA